ACCAGGAUGUGGUGUGGAUAUCUGACCUUGGCAUUUGCUCUCGGAUUUCUUGAUGGGGCGGUCCUGGCUUGCACUUGUCCACCUGAUGGUGGCACUAAUACAGGCUCGUUUGAUGUUUGGUUGACAACUGGGGACCAGUCGAACAAACUAUCUCAAAAAGCGUCGAUUGUAGCAAAUAGUGAACCAACAAAUGGAUUUUCUGUUAACGUCAACAACGCUACACGAUAUCAAACCAUGGAUGGUUUUGGCGCAGCGAUAACGAACGCCGCUGCAUACAACAUCUACAACAGCCCGCAACGCAGUCAGAUCAUUAACGAUCUCUUCGGCCAGAAUGGUAUUGGUAUUAGUUAUAUCCGCAUUACUAUGGGUGGUUCUGAUUUCCAAGCGGUAGCACCAUAUACAUACAACGAUAUGCCUUCUGGUCAAGAGGACUUUGCGCUUAAUUCCUUCAGCAUUGCCAACGAUCGUAAUUUCAUCAUCCCCAUCUUAAAAGAUGCUCUAGUCGCAAAUCCAACCUUGAAGAUUAUGGCUACUCCUUGGAGUGCGCCUGCUUGGAUGAAAACCACUGGUAGUUUAAAUAGUGGGUCCCUACGGGAGGAAUGUAUGUCUGUCUACGCUGACUAUUUCCUAAAGUUUGUCCAAGCGUAUGCGGGUGAAGGUAUCACGAUAAAUGCAAUAACUGUUCAGAAUGAACCACUACACACGAGCAGUGCCUACCCAACCCAGCAUAUGUGGUGGCAGCAACAGAGUACCUUUGUAAGAGAUCAUCUAGGGCCGCGUUUGUCCGCAACAUCCACUAAGAUAAUUAUUUACGAUCAUAACUGGGACAAUACAGCGUUUACAACAGGAAUUUUGAAUGACCAAGCCACAAAGGCGUUUGUCGAUGGAUCGGCAUGGCAUUGCUAUUCGAAUCCACCCCAGGACCACUACAAAAAACCGGGUGAUAUUAGAAAUCAAUUUCCAAAUAAGAACAUCUAUUUUACGGAAUGUACAGGUGGAGAUUGGUCCCAGGAUUUCGGCUCUAAUCUUGAAUGGAAUACAAAAUAUUUGUUUAUUGGUCAACCGAGAGUUUGGGCUAAAACUGUUUUGUUAUGGAAUAUGGCUCUGGAUCAAAACCAUGGUCCAAAAGUGGGAGUUGGUGGGUGUUCGGAUUGUAGAGGUGUGAUCACUGUAUCUGGGACAAGCUAUCAACGGGAGGUCGAAUAUUACGCCAUUGGACACUUUAGCAAGUUUGUUCCUACUGGAUCUGUUCGUAUUGACUCUUCAAACUUUGGUUGGGAUGACGUUCACACGGUUGCCUUCGAAGCCCCUGACGGUGCUAUUAUAGUAAUAGUGUUGAAUCCAUCUAGCUGGAACACAGUAAACUUCAAUCUGAACCUCUUUGGAAGUACAUACCAGUAUAACAACUUGCCACCAAGAUCUGUUGUCACUCUCAAAAUGUCUCCGUAA